GAGAGGAAGAAAGAAAAGAAAAUGCUAGAAAGAAGAAAAUCAUUCUUCAUUUUGUUUAUUUUCUUUCUCUGCCGAGAACUACCAAGGGAAUGCCCAUUGUUCAUCUUUUUUCUCUACACCAAAAUUGCUUCAAAAUUUCACCUCCAAUCAAUUCCCCAUCUUCUCACAACACCUUUCCAAAGAAGAAUUUGAAGAAAACAAGGGAAAUCAAAGAGAAAUUUCAAGGUUGAGGGAGAGUGAAUAGUAACCAAGGGUUUGGAAAGUUAAAGAAGUGGAAGGGAAGAGUGGAAGUUCUAAAGGAAAAGGAAGAGAAAAGGAAGAUUAAAAAAUUUUAAGGUUGUAGACCCAAGUAGCAGUAGAUUAAGAUCUGCAUCAACCCAGUCAGAGUUAUAUCAUUAUCUAUCUUUGGGGUAUAUUUUGUAAAUUUUGGCAUGUACAUAAAGUUUUAGUUGUAGAUGAUUUGAAUUAAAUAUAUUUGAAAACUUUAAUUUUGGUGUAAAUAUGGGUUAUUAGUAUAAGUUUUUAUGUUGAGAUUAAUGAGAUGGUUAUGAAGUGUUUGAUGUGAAUUGAAUUUGUGUUAAUGUUAAAAGAAGUUUGGGGGUUAAGGUUGAAGUUUAUAGAAGUGUGAUAUUACUAUUUACAGGUGGAAUUAAGUCCAUAUUUCAGAAGAAACUCUGCCGGAUUUUCAGUAAAAAAAAAAAAAAAGGGGUCAUGAUUUGCAUGAUAUUAAAGUAAAAAUAAGAGAAUUGUUUUAAAAUGUGAUGUCUCCGGCUCGGUUAAUUAAAUAAUUGGGUAGAGGGUGUUACAUUUAGUGGUAUCAGAGCCAGGUUUAGUCGACUCUAGGUAAUAUGUGGAUAAAUAGUUAGGUAUAGAAAUAUGUACAUGCCAUAUAUAUUAAAGAUAUGAUGUAACUCUAAUGCAGAUCUAUUUUAUGAAUCCUAAUAUUAUAUGAUGUCUGAAGAACAUAGAGAAUUUCAAGUCGGAGAGGAAGUAGAAAGUCAUGUACCGACUGAGGCCACUGGCCAUGCACCGCCACAGGCUCCUCCUGGUGCUAGAAGGCCAUAGCAGGAGGUCUUAUUACAGCAAUUAACAGAGAUUUUCAGGCAGGUGGCCAGAGUAGCUCAGCCAGCUAUAGUUCCACCACCGGCUCCUGCAUCAGUACCAGCCAGGCCACCUAUUGAUAAACUGAGAAAGUAUGGUGCUACAGAAUUUAAAGGAAGAUAAUGCAUCCACAGCAGAAAUAUUGGUUGCAAAGUACAGACAGGGUGCUUCAGCAGCUACAGUGUUCCCCAGAAGAUAGUCUCGUAUGUGCAGUGUCACUACUGAAAGAAGAAGCCUACCAAUGGUGGGAUACUGUGGCACAAACGGUGCAACCAAGACAGAGGACAUAGGAGUUUUUCUUGAAUGAGUUCAGAAAGAGAUAUGUAGGAGACAUAUAUAUGGAGGAGAGAAAAUGAGAGUUUAUCUAUUUGAGGCAGGGAUGUAUGGCAGUAGCUGAGUAUGAAAGGGAGUUUAUUAGAUUGAGCAGAUAUGCCAGGGAGAUGAUUCCUACAGAGAAGGCAAAAUGUAAAAGUUUUGAGCAAGGGUUAAACACUGAGAUCAAGAUGCUUCUAGUUGCUCUUCAAAUCAGAGAUUUUUCAGCACUGGUGAAUGCAGCUUUAAAUGUAGAAAAAGUGAGGGAAGAAGAUCAGAGUAGAAGACAGAGGAGUCAGGAAAAAAGGACUCACAGUCAGAAUCAGAGUCAAGGACAGAUGACAGCUUCACAGGGCUCUAGUAAGAGACAGAAAAGUUUUCAACCUACUAUAUCAAGCCAGUCUCAAAGGCAAGGCCAAAAAUCAGCUCAGAGUUUAGCAAGUGGAUCUGUUCAACAGAUUGCUUCUGUGGCCAGUUCAGGAGGCUCAGGAAGAAGUCUUCCACCAGAGUGCAACCACUGCAGGAGGAGACACACUGGUUCUUGUAGACUGUUGACGGGAGCCUGUUUCAUAUGUGGGUCUAUGGAUCACAUGAUGAGGGAUUGUCCUAAGAAGCAUACAGCCUCAGCACCAGCAAUAGAAAGAACUGCACCAGUAACUCAAAAGACCAGAAGCAAAGGUAGAAGUGAGCCGACAGGUACCUCUAGUCCAAAAGUGUCAGAGACCGUGGAUAGAUCGGAAUCUAGAGCACCUGCCAGAGCCUAUGCCAUCAAAGCUAGAGAGGAUCAGGAUUCCCCAGAUGUUAUCAUGGGUACAUUUUCUAUCUUUGGCCAGUCUGUUCAUGCUUUAAUAGAUCCUGGUUCUACACACUCUUAUAUUUGCCUACCCAUCACAAAUAAAAAAGAACUACAAGCAGACAUACUAGACUAGGAUAUAGUAGUAACUAAUCCUCUUGGCCACAGUGUAGUUGUCAGUAAAGUAUUUAAAGAUUGUCCCAUCUUGAUUCACGGUCACAUUUUUUAUGGAGAUUUGAUUGAAUUACCUUUUUGGGAGUUUGAUGUGAUUCUAGGAAUGGAUUGGUUGGUUAGACACCAAGUUAUAGUUGAUUGUAGAAAGAAGAGAAUCACGCUAAAGACACUGGAUGGUGAAGAAGUAGUAGUUGUGGGCGAGAGAUAAGAUUUUCUCUCCAAUGUUAUUUCUGCUACUGCAGCCAGAAGAAUGAUAAGAAAGGGUUGUGAGGCAUACUUAGCCUGCGUUUUGGAGGCUAAGAAGGAGAAACCUAUUGUGCAAGAUAUACCUACUGUUUGUGACUUCUCUGACGUCUUUCCAGACGAAUUACCAGGAUUACCUCCAGAAAGAGAAGUAGAAUUUGCCAUAGAAGUUGUACCAGGCACUACACCCAUAUCAAUUGCUCCCUAUAGGAUGGCUCCCACAUAAUUAAAAGAA